AUGCUACGUGUGACCUUAUGCAAUGAAUUGCUUGACGGCCGUGCUACAGCAGUGAACAUAGCUGAAACAGUCCAAUCUGUGAUCAGAGAAUGGAACUUAAGGGAUAAAGUAAUAGCUGUAGUACACGAUAGUGCAAGUCGUUCCAUUACAACCCAUUUUCAUAAAUCUAAUGUAGCUAGUAAAGCUUUAUGUCAAAGGCAGACACAGUUGCAACAAAAUUCAGAACAAUUAGUACAAAGUUGUGAGACAAGGUGGAAUUCGAAAUUGGAAAUUUGUGAAAGUCUCCUACGAAAUCGACAAGCGAUUUCCCUUGUGCUGACUGAUUCUGAAAUAACAACAAAGGCUUUAGCUCAAAAAUUAGAAAUUACGUCAAAAGAAUGGUCUCAAAUGAAAGAAAUGGUAACAAUUUUAAAACCAUUUCAAGUAGCCACUACAAUAUUUUGCAGCAAAGAGAUACCAACAUUGUCUAGCGUAAGGCCCAUUAUUAAUAGUAUUAUAACAAAGCAUAUGCUUAUUUUGCCAAGUGAUAGUCAAAACGUAAGACAAUUCAAAAUCACGGCCUGUUCGUCACUGAAAUCAAGGUUUGAAUUUGAAGUCGAUUUUGUUAAUGAUGUUGAUGAAGGACCAAAACCCAUUUCAGCUGCGCAAAUUUCUAGUUUUCUAGAUCCUAGGUAUAAAUCUUUAGAUGUUGAAAUAAUGAGGCGGGAUAUUAUCGAGCACGUCAAAAGUUUAAUUCACGAUGAUGAACCUAUGGAUGUUGAUUCUAACGAAAUGAUCAAAGAAACGGCAUUAGAUUUUUUAUUCCA